ACCAAGCAACAAAAUACAUCAUGGCGGACCAAGAAGACAGACCACCUUCAGCAGAUGAAUCGAAGCCCACUGUUGGGGAUGUUGUUCAGGAUGUUACAGUGAAAGCAUUACAGGAAAUUGAUACAGGUGAUAUGGAAGCAGAACAAAAUCCUUCAGGACAAGCCUCGGGUCAAGUUGAUGACUCCCAGACCACGGAUCCACCCCAAGGUGACAACUGGGCACAAGAAGAUGAGGCUACAUUGGUGCCUGCAAUCCAGCCCAAUGUAAACAACAUCCUCAACCGGCCAUUCACUGACAAUGAUGCCAUGGAGGAGUAUGAUGAUGAAGAGGAGGAUGAAGUUGUUGAGGAAGAGGAACCAAGUGAUGAGGAUAGUGAUGGGGAAUCAGAGAUGGUGGUCUUGGAUCCUGACCAUCCAUUGAUGAGACGAUUCCAGAAAGCUUUGAAUGAUCAUCUCAUCAAACAAGAGGAGAAAGUCACACUUGAACUCAGAGAAUUGACUGAAGGCCUGAGGACAAAGCAGAAAGUUCGUGAAGACCUUGGUGUGGAGCUGUAUGGUGUACAGCAAGAACUGGCUCGUCAUCAGAUGAUCUUAGAGAAGAACCACGAUGAAUUUGCAGCAAUUCAACAAGCACGAGAUCAAACUGAAGCUGAGCUGGAAGAAAUGAGACGUCUUUAUAAAAGUCAACAGCUGAAUGUUAACAAGGAGAGAAAGAAAGGUGCUGAGCUGCAACAAGAAGUAGAAAACUUGGCCUUGCGUCUGUUCUACAUGGACAAUGCCAAAGAAGAUGUCAGAUCAGACAUUGCCGUAAUGCGUCGUGCAGCAGAGAAGGCUGAUGUUGAAGUUGAGAAAGCUGAAGUUGAAAAACAGAAGCAGGACUUGCUAGUAGACAGACUGGUUGAGGGAGCUGAUAAACUUAAAGAAGAUAUUGCCAUGUUUGAAGCACAGAUAUCUGCCCAAGGUGAUGAAACAAAGGCUGCCAAGGAAGCUCUAACUGAGGCCAAUAUGGAGAUAGAAUCCAUCAAUCUAGAGAAGAAACAACUGUUCCAGCAGUGGAGCAGCAGUCUUAUUGGUAUGAGGAGACGAGAUGAAGCUCAUGCUGCUAUGUUGGAGGCUCUGAACCAGCAACAACAGAGGAUCAUGUCCCUAGAGACAGAGAUAGAUGGCUACAAACGUUCCAUUCAGAAAGAACAAGAGCAGAAUGAGAAGCUGACUCUCAUCUUAAACAAGACUGAGGUUGACAUAGCAACUGUGCGCAAACUCAUGUCUAUUUGUCAAGCCAAGCAGGAAGCUCUGAAGAGUGAAUAUGCGACAUUUACAAGGAUGUUACAUGAGACUGAACAGGCACUUAAUAGAGCGAAUACAGACAAAACUCUCAAGUUGAAUGAACUGACAGCCCUGAGGAAGCAGAUAGAGAGGGAACAUCUACAGAAGAUCCAACUGGAGGAUGAUAUCAUGGAAAAGAUAAGGUCUGAGCUGACCAUGGAUAAAGCUGCACAGUACACAGAUAAACUCACUGGCAAGCUGAGGAACCUGACCAAAGAUUUGGAAUCACAAAUGGCUUCUGUUGAAAACGAGAUUGCCCGAAGCUCUCUUGAAGUGUCAAACACAAAGACACGUAUUGAUAGACUGAAUAUAAUACUGGAAGGCCUUGAUGAUGAGAUACGUAGCAAAAAUGAAAUCAUUACAAAGAGUGAGAACGAGAUCGUACGUCAGAAUGCAAUAAUUGAGAGGAAGCAGGGUGUGAUUGAUCAGUACAACAAGAAGCUGGAACAAAUGAUCAGCAGUGCUGGGGGAGUAGAACUGGGUCCCCUAGAGAUCCAGAUUAACUCACUAGCCAAGUCUAUUGAGGCCCAGCAACAGGAAAUCACAGAACUACAACAGAGGUGGCUGAGAGAGCAGAGUGAACUGGUUAGUCUCUCAAAGGAAAGGGAGUCUAAGUCAAAGGAGGUGGAGACAAUGAAGAAACAACUCACCAUUUUAUCCCAGAAGAAACUACGAACUGAAAAUGAUAUUGAUAUGGAAAAGACUGAAACUGGUGAAAUUGAACGUAAUGUGCGCAACAUGCAAAAUGACAUGCUAAAGUUGAACCAGAUGCUACACAAGGAGAAGGGCACCAAGUAUGAGUUACAGCAAGGGAAUAUUCUCAUGGAAAAUGAUUUCAUAAAUAACCUAAGGGAGGCUGAGCUUCAGUCCAUACAAAUGCAGGCCAACCUGGAGUCUCUAAAGGAAGAAAAGGAGAGACUGUUGAAUAGCUUAGUUGAAGCAGAGCGACAGAUAAUGUUGUGGGAGAAAAAGACACAACUGGCCAAGGAGACAAGGGCAGCUGUAGACUCGGAGAUAGGCCAGGGUGAGGUGCGGGCAAUGAAGGCCGAGAUUCAUCGAAUGCAGGUCCGCUUUGGACAACUGAUGAAACAGCAAGAGAGAAUGAUACAAGAGAUGGAGAAAGCUGUAUCUAGACGUGACACCAUUGUUACACGUGGUGAUGCACAAUCUAAGAUGAACAAGAAGAUCAUGACAAAGGGAACUUUCCAGAGACAAAUGGCAGAAACAAAGAAGAAAAUUAAACGAACAAUUGAAGAUGCCAACAGCUGUGACAGUGAGAUCAAGGAGCUGAGGGAACAUCAGCAGAUACUGAGUGGUCAGCUAGAGGAGAGACAAGUGAAUGUGCAGCAAUUACAGGGCAGCACAGACACCUUAGAUGGCGACAUUGACAGACUCAUGGAGCAGAAAACUAAGAACAUGAUGGAUCUAGUGAACCGUCAGCAAAGAGCCAAAUGGUACCAACAAGUGAAAGAAGGUCGCUAUACAAGAAUAUGUAAAUCAGACAAUGCAUUAGAUGCUGAACUUGAGAAACAAGUGAACAGAAUGCAGGCAUUGAGUGCCAUUGUGGACAGAUUAAAUCAGGAGUUCCCCCAUGCACAGCCAACAUUACGGAAAGUUACUUUGCAUUUAGCCACGAAAACAGCAAUUGAUGAGGAAGCAUAGACACCUUCUAUUUCAAUCAAAUGAAUAUUACAUAUAAACACAUCUUGCGAAGAAGUCUGAGCUAUCUGAUUUUGUUAAAUUACCUCCUGGGCUAAUCUUCUAAUAUAAGUACUUUUGUGACCAUUUUAAAAUGUAUUUAAACAUUUUAAUUGUAAAUAUCAAAUGUACAUAUUGAACACUUGUAAAACUACAUAUGUGUUGCGUAUAUAAUAUGGAAGACAACAUGGAAUAAUGAUUGUACUCCAAUUUGAAUUAUACAUGUAAAUAAAAAUUAAAAAGUAUAAAAAC